GAGAAAGGGGGGGGGGUUGUUGAGAGAACACGAAGAAGUGAGUGAGUGAGUGGAAAAAGAAAAAGUGUGUGCCGGAGAAAGAGAGGGGCAGAGAAAGGAGAACAGAGUUGGCUUUGCUUUUUUAGUUGCUUUCAGAAGCGUCGUUGUUUGGACUGUCGGUAAGGAUGGUGAUGUGGAGGAGGAAUCGACCAUGCGACACGGUUGCAACAAACGGGAUGAACAUUUAGACUCUCCGCAUUCCGCUGCUCCACACCGACCGACAACAGCACGGCUCCUACAAACUCAGCGCCAUUCAGACCCGGGACACUGGAUUUCCCCCCAGGCUCGGGGCAACUUUUCGCACAAGACUCCUUGUACUUCAACUUAAAUACCCCGGCUAAAACUUUUUCAGCAAAAGUCAAUGUGUCGAAUUAGAACGCCGAGCCGCGUGUGAAGUUGGCGGUUAGUUCUCUGAAGUUGAAGCGAGCCCAUAGUGAAGACAGGUACUCCUCUAACACUUGCGAGAACAACACCGGAGGAAGGAGUGGGGUUUCACUGCUAACUUCGCUAGCUAAUUUAGCUAGCCGCUAGCCAAGUCUAAAGUUACGAGUCAACGGGGAAAGUGUCUGAAGCAACAAGCCGAAGACGACAACAAAGAUGAAAACGUCGGCAGACCCUGGGUUUGCCUUUCCGGAUUGGGCCUACAAGCCCGAGUCGAGCCCGGGCUCCAGACAGAUCCAGCUCUGGCACUUCAUCCUGGAGCUGCUGAGGAAGGAGGAGUACCACGAUGUCAUCGCCUGGCAGGGAGACUACGGAGAGUUCGUCAUCAAGGACCCGGACGAGGUGGCCCGCUUGUGGGGGGCCAGGAAGGCUAAACCGCAGAUGAACUACGACAAGCUCAGCCGAGCUCUGAGGUGUAGGGUCCCUCAGAGUGCCCCUCCAGUGCCAACCGGAAACAGCCACUUCCGUUUCCCCCCCUCCACACCCUCAGAUGUGCUCUCCUCCAAUGAGGAGCUGCGCAGCCCCGGCAUGUUCAGCAGCGUGGCUCGCCGCAUGGCCCGCGGCUCUGUGAGCGACUGCAGCGACGGCACAUCAACCAACUCUGAGCUGGAGGAGGCCAUGGGGGCCGAGGAGCGAGGUGCGGGGCCGGACCGGGCCUACAGGGGUCUGCUGCCCCCCCGCCUGCCGCACGACUCUCUAUUCAGGAUCUACCCAGCAGUCCUCGGCAGGCACGGCCCCAGGGUGCACCCAGAUUCCCUGUCUCCUUUCCCCGUUUCCCCCCUGCCCGGACCUGGUGGGCUCCUGGGCCCAAAUCUGUCCCCAGCCCUCUCCAUGACCCCCACCCCCCACAUGUCCUACACCCCCUCUCCCUCCAUGUCCUCUCCGAUGUUGGGCUCCCACUUCUCCUUCAACCAGGAGGACAUGAAACACUACCUGCAGGCCCACACCCAGUCCGUCUACAACUACCACCUCAGCCCCCGGGCCUUCCUCCACUACCCAAACAUUAUCAUCCCCCAGCCCCACCGCCCCACCCCGGAGAAGCCGGCCGCCCAUCACCUCCACUGCCCGCCCCUGCCGCUUUCUCAUCCGCUCAGCCAGCAGUCAGCAGGUGGCGACGAGAGGGAUCAGCACCCGUCACCGUUCAAGUUCAAGCUGCAGCCGCCGCCGCUCGGGCGCAAGCAGAGGGACUCUGGGAGCUCAUUGGCUGGUGCCUCAUCCUCCUCUUCCUCCUCUUCCUCAUUCACAGGGUCAAGUCAGAUAAUCAACUCCUCUUUGGCUACGGGGCCUCCUAAGAUCAAGGUGGAGCCCAUAUCAGACAUCGACUCGGAAGAGGAGGUGCAGGUGACCGACAUCAGCGAGGAUGAUGAGCUCAAUCACAGUGACGAGGAGGAACAAGGUGGCAUUUUCACACCGACAGCUCAUCACUAUCACCAUCAGCUCAACAGCCAUCUCCGGGCCAACGGAAACAUGAGCAGCCUCUCCGCACCUCCACACAGUCACCCUGAAGAAGACCCAGACGACGAUGUCUUCAAGACCCCUGCCACUCCCCCCAUCGGCAGCAGCAGCAGCAUCAGCCAGGCCUUCCCCCUGAUCAACCUGAAGAGCGAGCCAGGCCACGUGGCUCCCGUCAGCCCCUGCAUCCCGCUCAAACUGCGCUUCAAGCGGCGCUGGAGCGAAGACCAGAAGAUGGAGGCGGACGGAGAGAGGGGCGAGGCAGAGGAUAAGAAAGUGAGAGCUGACAGAGAGGAGGAGGAGAAGAGAGUAGGGCAGGCAGAGAACGGGGGAGGAAGAGGAGGAGCGGGAGGUGUUAUUUUGGGGUUGAUGCUGCCACCGCCUCCCACCCAGCGCAGAGCGAGCUCGGAGCUGCAGAGGGCCACGGCGCAGCUGUCACUGGAAAACACUGGCUGCUGAACACACACACACACACACAGGGGAGUCAAAACACACACACCCUUAGUCUAGUCCACACACUUAAUGGAGCGCAGCAGGAAUGAGUCCUAAACCCUGGAAAGCAUUCUUGCCCUUUAGGUCCCAUGCCCUUUUUUGACUGUGCUAUUCAGAAGCCUUAAAUAAGGCCUGUGGUUAACACAAGCUUAAGAGAUUUUCACAUUUGUUUUACGACAUAAAAUACUUCAGCAAAAUACCUCAUUAGUGAACUGGAAGGUUUUACAUGUCUUAAAACUUUAAACCUUCAAAGCGGGUUCCUAACAAUUGGCUAAUUAAGACUACAGAGUUUGUCUCGGACCUUUCACCUUUCCAUCAUCAUCAUCAUCAUCCCUGCAGCACUGUAUAGUUUUAGACCGUAAUGCCUCACGGUAACUUGACAGCAUUAGUGUGCAUAAAGCUGGAAAAUAGAGAUAGUGACUGAAAGGUGAUUCCAGAAACACACUUAUAUUUUGUCUGAAUUUGUACAUGUGUCAUAUGUAGGACAUGCUCCUACAUAUGACACAUGUUCACAAUAUAGUAAAAACAAGAUGUUCCCAUAGUUACUUCUCAAGUUUCGUCACUGUUUUAGCAGCAUCAACACACUUUCCCUUAGCACCUUCCUCUGGUCAGUACUGUCAGCUACCAGACAUUAUGGCCUGUGUCGGGACAUACAGCCUGUGUGUGUAGCCUCUAAUGUACUGCAAGCCAAGCCCCAUCAAACAUGACCAGCAGACAGUGUUCUUGCUGUGACUGACAACAUUGAGAGAUAAUCCAACUUUAUUCUGACUAACUUUGAACUAAAGAGUCCUACAAAGAGGGGGUCUUUAUCUCUUAGGACUUGCACAUCGCCUUCAUAGUGCCAGUUAAAUCACACCUGUGCCCAGAUAAUGUAUUCACAACUGGUCUAUUUGUUAUAAUAGAUCAUCCUAAAGGCAGCCUGCAUCUUACAGCAGUAGAACUUCUCACCUUGUACAGCCAGAUCCUAACGUUACUAAAAACUUUCAUCAGCCCCGAUAGAGAUUACCCAAGUGCCUCUCUGCCCUCACCCAGCAGUCCUUUCCAAGAUGAAGAGCAGCCAGAGGGGGAAGAAAAGCCCUUGCUCCGGUGGGCCUCACAGACUGAAGAGGGUGAUUUAGAAAAGGCUCUCCAAUCAGCCUUUUCUCCAGGAAGAAACCUCGGACACUAUGAGGCUGCACCGAGGCCACGUGCCUCAUUCACUACAGUGUACAAAGACAUGAAAUGAGGCUGGAGUUGUACAUGUUGAAGACAGUCAAAGUAGAUGGAAGAUGGAGAUUGUGAUGAACUGACCUGCCACAUGAGACGUUUGUUAGCCAGCGAAUGGACGUGUACAGAGAAAACACACCUGGGUCUUUAAAGAAAAAGCCGGUUCGAUCUCUCCUUUUUCUCUCAUUGAGGAAAGGAGGAAGCAGCUACUUGAAAGGCUGUAAUUACAGACACACUUGUUCCUGAAUGUGUGUGCGUAGAGAGCUGGUGUCAAAAAGAAACCCUAUGCUUCGAGGAUACAGCGUUUUGUGACUUUGUACAAUCUUUGGAGGGUUCUGAGGGCAUUCGUCGUGUUGUCUCCCUCUUAACACACAGAUCUGCAGCUCUUCUGCAUUCCCCCCCAUUUGUUUUAUUUUUGAAAAGACUGUAUUCUUUCUGUCAAAGGACAUGGACAGUAUUUUAGGGCAUUUGUCGUGAUCUGAGGUCUUUCUGUAUUUUGGUGAUAACAGUGGUAUCUGUUCACGUGAUGCGAUGAUUGAAGAGAUCUGAUUGGUCUAGGUGAGAGAAAGCAUGUAACGAAUGUCAAAUAUCAAGGUUAACUCAGGCUAAACCCCUCACUGAGAUAGCGAGAAACAUAUUUUUAUGACAUUUUUAUUAAGUAAGAAGACCCAUUUUAACGAACAAACUAUCCCAAAUAAGAUUGUGCCUUUUUCUUUUUAAAAGCCAACAAAGAGUUUUAUCAAGCUACGCCCAGCAAAAUAUUUUAUCACACACACACACUACCACCAUGCCUUCUGUUUUUUGUAAAAGAGAGAUACAGAAUAAGUAAAUCUACACAUAUAUAUUUUAUUCAAAUAUAUAUUGAAUUCAAAUAUUAUAUUUCAAUAUGGUCAUUUGAUACAGAUCGGGAAAAUCCUACUAUUUUUAAACGGUAAAAGAUAUGUAUAUAUUCUAACGGGGCAUAUUAUUACCAGUAUAAUUCAGCCUAUGCCUUCUCACCCUUGCCUUCUCUUGACCGUUGAGCUGCAGUGACAAAGGCCACUGGUGUCAGAGUUAUAUAUUUAUAUUGUACAAAUAUUAAAAAAGACAGUUAUUGUGUAUUCAGGGGACGAGGAUAAAUGGGUGAGCAGAAUUUUAACCACACCUGGGUCGAAUUGUAUUUACUUUGUUGGUCGGAGUGUUUGUUAUACCAUACCUGGAGUAGCAGAUUUGCCGGGGUUUACAACAUGACACAGAUAGGAGAACCCCACCAAAAAUAAACACCAGAGUAAAAAAAGUGGCGCUGGUCCAAACUCAGAGAGGGUUACGGACUUGCUUGUUCUAAUUAAAUGCGAGGAUUCUGAUUGGCCGACAGCAGGUGUUCAGGUUCGCGUUACCUCACAGGACCGCAGCUGCUGAUAAGACUGGACUUUGGUUGGAGCGUGGACUCUCGUGGCUUUGUGUCAAUCGGUUGUGUGAACCCUACCCAUUUUCACACACACACACACACACACACACACACACACACACACACACACACACUGCCCUGGUUACAGUAAGGCUUUACUGUGGCUAGAAUAAAAGAGAAACAUGACAUCACACGUGACAUCAGACGCCCUCCGCAGUCUCUGGAGUAGACGGCAUACCAAAGACACAUUUACACACACACAGGAAAUGGCAUCACAAAACCUCAGAGCGGAGUGGAGAGAAAGGGACUUCCCAUAACCUGACUCGCUCAUUUUGUGCUGUGUGUAUGUGCACUUGUGUAUGUGUGGUUUCUAUGGUUAUGCUGUCUACACACACACACCCUAUCACCCUAUAUAGUCCCACUUUAUUUUGACAUUUUUCUUUACCAGGCACAAAAACACUAAAUCUAUCCUUUUACUUGUCGACAAAGUCAGCAUUAAAAGUGUCAAACCUCCUGUUUUGAAUGUCAUUUUCUUUCAAUAAAAAUCGCUUUAAGUGCCAGAUAAAGAAAUAUAUUUUAGCUAUAUAGAAUGUAGCAGUUUAAAAGAGUGUCUGGUAAAGAUAAACAGUGAGUCGUACCCGCACUGCUGCACCUGUGCCUUAUGGUCUCGAACAAAAAAGAGAACAACUUUUCCCCCAAAAUUUCCCUCAAUUUCCUCAAUGCUGUUCUUAUUUUUUUCUGUAUUUUUUCAGACAUAUUACUGUUACUCUUGUAAUUAUUAUAUUAUUAACAUGAAUAUUUUUGAUUAUUUUGUACCCUUUUGCCCAUGGCCCGGUCUCUUCUCAUGAAUUCUGUACGUUUUUUGUUCCACUCUUUCACAUUAACUUCAACUAGUUUUAAGUGCAGUCUUUUUUUAUAACCAUAUUAACAUGGACAAGAGGAGGGUCACUUAAUCCCCACAUGAUGUAGAGCAGGGGAAGAAACUUCUUUUUUUUUAUGUUGUAUAUAUAUUUUUUCCAUUUUGGAGCAUUGUGUAAGAAAAAAAGCUUUGUACUGUUUAACCGUUGUAUUUUGGCUCCCUUCUCCGUCUCUGCUCUCACGUCCAACCUGACUGUGAACUGUCACUCCAGAGGAGAGAUGGAGACUUUUUGUUUUCAUCCCAGAGGAACCACCUGUACUAGUUUCUCUACUCUCUGUUCAUCUUCAUUUGUAAUUAAACAAUAAUCAGGGUUCAUUAAAAAAGGUAAAAAUGGA